AUGGUACUGCAGCACCUCGAUCUGCUGCGGCGGAAGCGCAUCGUGCUCGCCUCUGCCUCGCCGCGUCGGCGGGAGAUACUCGAGCGGACGGGGCUGCGCCACUUCGAGGUGUGCGUGUCGGGCUUUGCGGAGAACCUUCCCAAGGCCAACUUCACCUGCGGCGGGGACUACGCGCUGUGCACCGCCCGGCACAAGGCGGAGGACGUUGUGCGUCAGCUGCAGCAGCCGCAGCGGGCCCUCGCGGGCACGGGCGGGAGGAGAAGCAGCUCCGACCCCCCGCCACCGUUCGACCUCCUCAUCGCGGCGGACACGGUGGUCACCAUGCCGGCGCCAGAUGGCGGGGUUGCGAUUAUCGAAAAGCCCUCCACGGCGGAGGCGGCGGCGGCGAUGCUGCGCCGCUUCUCCGGCGCGCAACACGAGGUGUGGAGCGGCGUCGUGCUGGUGGUGCGUGACGAGGCGAGCGGCGCGGGGCUGCACUGGCGCGAGGUGAAGGUGUGCACGACCGUUACUUUUGCGCCGCUCGUGGAGGAGGAGAUCGCCGCGUACGCGGCGGACCGCCGCCACUGGCAGGGGAAGGCCGGCGGCUACGGCAUUCAGGACGCCGCGGCGUGCCUCAUUGCUGCGAUUGAGGGCGACUACUACAACGUGAUGGGGCUCCCGCUGCAGGCGGUGUGCGCGGAGUUGGACCGACUCAUCCGCGACGGCAUCGUGCGGUGA